GGCCGCCGCCGCCACCGCCGCCGCCGCCGCUGCCGCCGCGCGGGAGUCGCUGUCCGCGGAGCCGACAUGCAGGCGGCGCGGGGCGGCGCGGGGCGGCCGGGCCGGGAGGGCAGCGGGCGGGAGCGCCAGCGCCAGCGGCCGCCGGGCGCGGGAGCCGCGUCCCCCUGCGCCGCCCCGGGCCGGCCGGCCAGAGGAGCCGCCAUGCGCCCCGGGCCGCCCCGCGCCGCUCUCCGCCUGUGGCUGGGCUGCGUCUGCCUCGCGCUGGUGCAGGCGGACAGCCCCUCGGCCCCCGUGAAUGUCACUGUCAGGCACCUCAAGGCCAACUCCGCAGUGGUGAGCUGGGACGUCCUAGAGGAUGAGGUCGUCAUUGGAUUUGCCAUCUCUCAGCAGAAGAAGGACGUGCGGAUGCUACGCUUCAUUCAGGAAGUGAACACCACCACCCGCUCAUGCGCCCUCUGGGACCUGGAGGAGGACACCGAGUACAUUGUGCACGUGCAGGCCAUCUCCAUUCAGGGCCAGAGUCCGGCCAGCGAGCCCGUGCUCUUCAAGACCCCACGCGAGGCAGAGAAGAUGGCAUCCAAGAACAAAGAUGAGGUGACCAUGAAGGAGAUGGGGAGCAGCCAACAGCUGCGGACCGGCGAGGUGCUCAUCAUCGUCGUGGUCCUGUUCAUGUGGGCUGGCGUCAUUGCCCUCUUCUGCCGCCAGUAUGACAUUAUCAAGGACAAUGAACCCAAUAACAACAAGGAGAAAACCAAGAGCGCGUCAGAAACCAGCACACCAGAGCAUCAAGGGGGAGGUCUUCUCCGCAGCAAGACCGAGAGCCAUCGCAGAAGCCAUGGGGCAGGGUCAUGGCUGCCAGCAAGCUUUUUCUGGAUCCAGCCAUCACGGACUUGUUUGUGGUGCGAUGCACAACUCGGCGAGUGUGUGAGAUGUUCUGUUUUGUCUCUUUUGGAAAACAUGACUGAAGGGCUUCACUAGAGAGGGCAAAGGAAUGCUCCAAGCUGAUUGCCUGCAGCCUCCAUCUUCUUUGGCCCUUAUUCGACUGUUAAGACGAAGUGGGAAAGAGACCUGGGAGAAGUUACUGGCCCCAUUUCUUUAGGAUGAGUCUCUUGGAGUUGGAACAAUGCUGGGUUAUGCAACUAAAAAGGUAUGUCCAUGUGGGACAUCCUGGGGGCUACUGAGUCACCUGCUCUGGAGUGGAAGGUGCUGGAAGACAGGCCUGAGCCAUCACCGUGGAAAUCAGAGCAGCCCUGGCCUCUGGGGUCUCCGUAUCUUGCCAUCUCAUCCAGGGUUCUGGGAAAGCUACCCGGGGUCCUCAUGUCCUUCCCUAGAGCCUGAGUGGUGUGAGGUGUCCAGUCUCUCUCUCCACUGCCCCUUUCUGGUAAACAAAACAAAACAAAACAAAAUGGUGCUUGAUAAGGGAAGGCAGACUCUUCCCUCGGACUGACAAGUGAUGGCUGCUGAACGCCUGCAUGGGAAGAGCUGGACCUCUGUGUCUUCCGUUGGUGGCUAAGGACAGGCGUGUGGGAGGACUGCGCCUAGCACAAGCCUGGCACACAGUAGGCGCUCAGGGAAUACCUGUUGAACUGAAUGUUACGAGCAGUGGCCCCCAGCCAGAGAGCUGAAAGCCAUCACCCAAUGACCGCCCCUUCCUUCCGGUCUAUAAGAGCUCUCCCGGCUAGGUCAGCCACCACUCUAUUUGGCCCCGACGUGGCAGCACAGGGAGGGAGGAGAGACAGGAUAAAAGGCAGAUGUCAGCAAUACUAAGGGCUUCCUCAUGGAAGGGCAUGAGGCUCCACUCAUUGUCUUGUGACUUCCAUCCCUGCUGAAUGGGGCUGCAAGGCCAAGGCUCCUUAGUGGAGAGGUCCUUACCUCUGAUCCAGUUAGAGCAAUAACCUCUUUUUAAAUGUAAAAUAAAAGACAAAUGAAAAGGCACAUCCUUGUCUUCUGGUAAAUGCCCAAAUGUUGCCCUCUUUUUCUGGCAAUUGGCAGCAAGUCAGGAUGUGUGGAGGAGGGAGUCAGUUCUCUCUCCAUUUUGGCCUGCAGCUUCUUAGGGACAUGCCUGCCAGCCAAGCUGGAGCUGGAAGGGAAAUCUCGAACAGAUGGGGGUGCACGUGUAGGAGGAGAAAAUAGCUCCUCCAUCGUCCUAUUACCGAGGCCCCCAAAUCCAAGCUCAGGCUGCCUCGCUGCACAGGUACGCGGGCUGGUGCUCAGUUUUUAGAACGAAGGGUUUUCCCCUCUGGGUGGGGCUGGGUGUUUUCCCUGACCAAAGGAAUGCAGUUUUGGUUUCUCCCCAGGGUGAGGAAGGAAGGGAAGAGAUCUGCAGAAGCUGCUGGCGGCAGCUCAGUAGUCCCAGCAUGCUGUUUGGGGCGGUUAAAGGAACAUCAUCAUUCGGAUCCCAACAGCAGGCUGAAAGGUAGAGUGAUGAUGUCAUUAGCCAAUGAGCAAACGAAUAAAUGGGAUACCUCGAACACUCCUGCCCAGAGCCAGCAAGAGCUGGAGAGGAGAGGUCAGGUGAGGGGGACUUAGGGUGGACUCUUCUGGAGGGUUUCGAGAGGAGGAAAGCCAAGUCUUAAAGGCUGGGUGGGAAAGGGGAAAUCUAUUGGCACCCAGAACUCUAAACCACACCCGAGAAAGGUACUUGGCCAGGCCCCCUGUCCUGUGUGCCUGUCUAGUGCCAUGUGGCGGAGAAGCCCCUAAGUCUGCGCCAGGUCCAGAGACAGCUGUGGGGGGCCAGGGAUUUACCAGGGCCUCUAGCACCUCCGCUGAGGGCCUGAGGGAGACGGGAGAGGAGUGAACACUUCUGGUUUAAACCCCAUUCACUGUGGUUACCUCCCUAAAACCCCAAGUUCCACAACGGAGCUUUUCUUGGACCAGCUAUCAUGCAGAGAACCCUAUAGCUAGGACUUAGAAUGGGGACCCCUCUUCACCACCUAGACCCGCAGAUUCCUCACAGCUUGGGAUGGGUGUAGGCAAGUUCUUGGACACUGAGAGGCCUGACCUGCAGGCCACGCUUGGCCAGACGAGAGGCAAGGCCUGCCUUGUCACCGAGUGACCCCUCGGGCCAGCUACUUCUCUGGAGGGUGCUCCUUGUGAAGAACAGGAUUCCAGAGCCCAGCUACCACCUGGAGUAGGAACCAGGGGGCUUCCUCCUUGGGAACAAGAGGGAAGCCUCAGGGUCGGGCAGAGGAAAAAGUGUGGUGUUUCCGUGUGGCAGGAGUCCUUUCCUCUUCCUGAUCCUGUCCAUUCAACCCAGGCUUUUCAGGGUGGCCUCAUCUGUAAUCCACUUUUAAGAUCUCAAAUUCAGCUCUUUACAAAAAUACGUCCUAUCAUACCAUUGCAAUCAUGUGACAUUUCAGACUGCUGUGUUCCUUCUCACCCUCUUUAAACCUAUUUGAGUUUUUGGAUUUUGCUUUUAAGUGGUCUCCAAGAAUGAACUGCUUCCGUAACUGGGACACACCCCCUGGCUCCAGCCCCACCAAACUCCAUCAGCACUAGAUUCCCUAACCCUCAAGUGUCACUUGAAGCUAAGUCAAAGGAGAUCCUCAUACACGAAUAGUUCCUUAAUGAUAACGGUAACGAUUCAGGACUACCACAUGGAGUGUUUUACAGGUUGUCCAAAAGAUGACAUUCCACCCCCCUUUCAGAGGGUGCUGGGGAGGCUCAGAUCUUCUGUCUGUGGCAUGUUCCAGUUGUCACUGGGGGAGGACAGGUGGAGAGGACUGACAAGGCAGGCGCUUGUUCAUUAAGGAAUUCCACCACUGACCAGCUAGCUGAUACUUCCUGUGACAAGUGGAAAUUUUUUUUCGUGACAGGUGCUCUGACAUACGAAGGAAGCAAGCAUACCCCAGAAUCAGCGCAGGAAUAACUGUUUUCCCUUAGAAAAGCAGGACAACACAAAGUAAAGCAGCAAUCCCUGCUUUCUAGUUUUAGGUGGCUGGGUUUUUUUUUUUUUUCUCUUCCUGUAAAAGCUCAAAACAGGCUAGAAAAUGACCCCAUUCUUUUGAGAGAAGGUCCAUUUCUCCUCCUCCUCACUUUCCAUAACAUAAAACGAACUAAGGGUGAGGAAUACCACCACUUCGGAGAAUGCAGCCUGGUCUCCGACACCUCUGCUGGCCGCAGUAACACCUUGCUGAAAAGGAAAUAAGCAACUACCAGACAAAAGGCUUUCUACCGGACAGAAACAAAAUGAUACGUACAGGUCCAGAGUACCUCUGAAUGAGACAGCAUCAAAUAGCUGAGUAUUUAGCAAAUCUGUACUGAAGCUUUUGCCUGGACUGUAGAAUAUCCAUUAGACAAAAGUUACCUCACAGCAAGACAGAGAGCCUGUCCAAACAUGUUGCUACUUAUUUUCUCAGCAUGAGUGGAAAUUUUAAAAGCAUUGGUUAAUACAGGUGACAAGCUUUUAUUGCCUUCACCCUGUCUCCUGGGGUCAGUCUAAGCUCAGGUUCACAAAAGGGAUCUAAGAAACGUCACGUCCCCCACAUCUACCUACACUUACUCCACCUUCAUCCCAGCUCGCAGGAGCAGUCAGUUUCUGGAGAAGUUGGAUUAAGAACCACCAUCAAGUCUGUAUGACCAGUGGUGGGUCCCCUAUCCCUUUCAAAGGGAGAAUGCCCUGGGGUAAAGCUUGAGUGAGGCAGACAGAGGUCAAUUGCAUGGCCACGGGAAGGAAUGGAAGGCAGUGCCUUGUCUGAUCAGGCUGAGCCAUCUCCCCCUCUGCAGAAACAGCAGCACCGUGAUAUUUCAGGCUUUCCCUGUGUCAGGCUCCUGACAUGCACUAUAUGUAGCUGCAAAUCCCAAUCAAUUUCAACAUUUCUUAACUGCUGGAAGGCCUUUCUCAACACUGUAAUUUACCCUCAAAAGAACAGGGAGCAUGCACCCUCGCCUCCCCAGUACCGCAUUUCUACUAACUGCCACCCCCGCCCAGACCCCACUAACCUGCCUACGCAAGAAGAGGAAGAAACUGCCUUCAAAGCCUGCAACAGACAGCCACAGUACAUAUGCCACAAAAAGAACUUUUAUUUCUCUUUAAUGACAUUAAACACAACUGCUACAAGGGAAAAAACAUGAUAAAGAGGAGGCACCAAACUUUAGUUUUGUAAUUGAUCCUCACAACUCCAGUCCCUUAAGCCUGCACAAGCUUACUGCAGGCUCUUAUGAAUAAACUACAUAAACAGCAUGUUUUAACUCUGUCAAGACCUCUAUGGUGAGAAUGUCGUCAUGAACCUCAUGAAAGAAAAAAGUUAGCUAGGCAGUUAAGUGCACGUAACCCUUACUCAAAUAAAAUACAGCAAGAACUCAUGAACUACUAGACUGAGAACCCAACACCAAGUAUGAGAUAGGAACCUUUAAAAACAGAUUAAAACUCCAGAUUUUACCUACUACCAUCUUCAAGGCAAACAUGCCUAAUACUGAGUUUUCUUUGGCUUUUUUUUCCUUCUUAAAGAAUACCAAGUGUUAACCGCUAGAGAACAGUUCUCUCCUCCCCCAGUCCAACAGAUUUAAUUAAGCUGCUAACGCUUUGGAAAAACAGAAUUAUUUGAGCAAAGAGGAAAUGUGAUUGUCACAUUUUCUAGUUAACCCGUCACUCAUUUGGGAAAGGCAAUGCUGCCAUUACACAUUCAGACUUAAACCCUCCUUUACCAGGAAUGCAGGAACAUGAGCUUAAGCAAAAUGCUGUCCUUCGCUCCUUGGGUUCCCCACUCUGUGGGGAACUAGACAGCUACAACACUAGUUAUUCCUGCUACAACUAAUUUUUAUUAUGCUAUGGUUCCAAAGGUAGAUGUCUGCUUAUCUUACUCCAUCAUGCUAACUGAGGGAAACCUGGAGAAGUGACUAACGCAGUAAAUGUCCAUUAUGCCUACUGAAAUCACACAUUUUGACUCUUGCCUUUGAACAGAACUUCUCUGCAUUUGGUCCCAGAUUUUAAACCCAAUGUUCAAGAAAGAGAAUCCUCACCUACAUAAAAACAGUAAACACUUGGGGAUGUCCCUCUAAGAUGAUCGAUGGCCUGAAUGACCAAACCUUUCCCAAGUCAGUUUCUAAAGCAGGGUAGGGUGUUUAAGAUGGGUUUCUCACAUACAAAGGUGGGGCUGAUGAAAACAAAACCAGACAAGAGGCAGCUAGCCAGUACCACUGGUGGCGCUACAGCAACCGUGUGUCCAGCCUUCACGGAGGGUGGCCAUCA